AUGUCUAAUCAUGCUACGCGAGAUGCGACAGUCAUUCUGACCGAUAGUAACAACUGGACAGCGUGGUAUCGCCAACUUAAAAUCAAAUGUGAAUCACUAAAGAUUUGGGCACUCGCAGAUCCAGAGGGCUCGCAAGAACCACAACCAAAACCAACGCUUCCGCUCUCUCCCGUACUAUCGAAUUAC